AAAUACCCUGAAAUGUGAACCGUUGAUUAGCUUUUUGCUAACCUGACGAUCAUAACAGUUGCAGUCUGUAUACAAUCUGAUACAAGAACCAAAGUCUAUCUGGACAUUGUGACAACAGUCGCAGAAGUAUCGCCUCUAUGUGAACAGCAUGGCUGUGUUUGAGAACUGCUCCGUUCUUUUGGAGCUGAAAACUUUGCCCUUCAAGAAGAAGAAGAAGCUGAAAUCAGCAAUAACAGAGAAUGGAGGCAACAUUUCCUUUGUGGCCAAUAAACAGUGUUCUCUGAUAGUGGUCAGUGAUGUGUCCAACCUGAGCUCCAACAGGCUACGCAGCAUCGAGAAAUAUCAGAUCCCCGUGGUCGGGCUGGAGUAUGUGUACAGCUGUCUGGAGAGAGGAGCUCUUCUCCCUGUGGAUGAUUACAAGCUGGAUACUUCCUCUCCCCCUGAGAUUUCACCUCCUCUUCCUCUCUCCUCACCGAGGCGAAGUCCUGUCUCGCAUCAAGUGUCCAAAGUAUCAGUGAUUAAAAUGGCUGCUGAGCCACCUAAAGGCCCUGCCAAGACAGAGACUCAGAAGACAGAGACCAAGAAGGGGAGCGGAAACAUCAUGGACAAGUUCAGAGUUUAUACUGAAACUGAUCCAGAUCUUCCAAACUAUCCAGAUCAUUUUCAAGUGGCCAAGUAUUCAAUCUUUGAGAAGGUGAACAGCAACACUUGGUGUGUGCUUGAGCUGCAGAGUCACAAGGGAGAGAAAGCAUGGCAGUACCGUGUGGUCCGGUACUGGAAGCAAGAUAUAUUAUCCAAGAAGGCAGCGGUGAGAGAUAAGCUGGUGUUUCUGUCCACCUCUGAGGAAGCUCUGGAGGUUUACAAGACCCUGAGAGAAAUCCUGCAGGCGACUGGUCUGCAGCUCAGGAACAACGUCCCUCCACAGGCCUGUCACCUGGGUUCUGCCCCCCUGCAGCAGCUGCUGCUGGAGGAGAAGCUGAGCACAGGAAGCUUAUCAAAGGAAGUGGGUGUGUUUGUGGAGCUGCUGUGGACUGAGGCCUUGGGCUGCCUUAACAACAUCCUCAGAGUUUCGAUCGACAAGCUCAGCAUCAACGAUGUGAGCAGGGCGGAGGGCUUGUUGCUGCAGGCUCGGAGAAAGCUGAAGGAAGCAAAUCACACUGAGGUGGAAACUCUCCUUGAGGAGGUUUACACCCUGCUGCCGCACAUCGAGCCCUAUCACUCACCCCCCACUGCCAAGCUCAUCUCUCAGAAACUCGACCUCUGUCAGUUAACCAGAGAUGUUCUGGGCGUGAGUGAGAUGAAUCUGGGAAGCCCCACUCCGUCCUGCGUGGGGAAGUACCGCGCUCUGAGGUGCAUUAUUGAGGCGGUUCCCCCAGACACCUCCGAGUUUCAGGUUGUGACAGCUCUGCUGCAGGACAGCAAUGUACAGGUGCAACAGAUUCUGCGUGUCCGCCGAGGAGUGGAGCUGCAGACGUUUAAGAGUGAGGUCGGGAACAUUAAACCCCUCCUGCACUCCUCCAGACCCAGCAACUUUGUAGGAGUCCUGUCUCGCGGUCUGCUACUGCCUCGUGUUGGAGAGGAGCAUCAUGGGAUAGAGAGAACAGACGCUGGUAGUCUGGGCAGUGGAAUAUACUUCAGUAAUGCCAUGAGCACCAGUUUGAAAUACUCAAAGCCCAGUGAGACUGAUGGCUCUCGGCUGCUGUUGAUGUGUGACGUGGCGUUGGGACAAUGCAAGGAGAUGUACAAGACCGACCUUACACUGACGGAGGCUCCUGAGGGACACGACAGUGUGCACGGGGUCCGCUGCACCCGGAACAUUCACUCUGCGUUUGAGGACGAUGAGUAUGUGGUGUACAGUCCUGAUCAGGUGAAACUGAAGUACGUGGUUCAGUUUGCCAUCAAGGGAGACCAGCUGAAGGAGUUCAGUCCUGCCGUCAACACCUCAGCCGAGUCAGGUCUGCCAGAAAAAUCUAAAGAAGCUGUGAAGUUGUUGGAGGACGGAUGGAUUGAAAGCUGUAAAAACCCGCUGGAGGGUGUGAAGGCCGGGCUGAUGGACAGCUCAGGUCAACAGCUCCCUCUGCAGGCUGUCCACGUGAAGUGCAAACUGAUGGAUCUGCUCUCUCAGGUCAUCAUUUUCCAAAAAUACAACAAUCAGAGCUCUGUGCCCAUUGAGGCAAAGUUUGUCUUCCCGUUGGACGAUUCUGCAGCAGUUUGUGGAUUUGAAGCUUUCAUCAAUGGGAAACAUGUGGUGGGACAGGUGAAGGAGAAAGAAACGGCUCGUAAGGAGUACAAGCAGGCUAUUGAGAAAGGCCACGGAGCCUACCUCAUGGACCAGGACGCCCCAGAUGUGUUCACCAUCAGUGUGGGCAAUCUGCCACCUGCUGCGACUGUUCUCAUUAAAGUUACCUUUGUGUCGGAGCUGAUUGUGCGGGACGGGAGUAUUCUCUUCUCCCUGCCUGGCAGUGUGGCUCCAUGGCAGGAGAGUGAAGCAUUGAACCAGACCACACAGGUCUCUGUGGACAAGGUCUGUGUGACUGAUGCAGCGAGAGAGUUCAGCUUGGACAUGUCCCUGGAGAUGCCUUACAAGAUCACCAACCUGCAGUGCAUCACUCACAAAGUCAAGAUUAAGAAAACAGACUGUAAGGCGGUGCUGAGUGUGCUGCCGGAACAAGUCAUGGGUCCAGAAGGUUUCCAGCUGUCAGUCACUCUGUCUGAGGUCCACCUGCCAAGAAUGUGGGUGGAGAACCACCCAGACAAGGACAGCCAGGCUAGCAUGUUAGUUUUCUACCCGGACUUUAAAGUCUGCGCUUCAGCAUCUGACGAAGUCGUCCUGUUGCUGGACACAUCUGAGUCCAUGAAGGGAGAGUCUCUCCGUAUGGCCCAGAGGAUCGCCCAGCAGGUCCUCAAAUCCCUCAACCACAACGUCAGACUCAAUGUCAUUUUCUUUGGCACAGAUCACAAAGAAGCUUUCCUAACAGCGCAGCCACUUGUUGAAGUUCGCUCUGCAGCUGAAAGCCUCAUCAAGGUCUUCCAGCCAGUAGGGGGUAGCACUGAGCUGUGGCGCCCGCUGCGAGCUCUCAGCCUGCUGCCUCCGUCCCGUGGCGUCAGGAACCUGCUGCUGCUGUCGGACGGCCACAUCCAGAAUGCAGAACUCACCCUGCGGCUGCUCAGAGACAACGCUCAGCACAGCCGCCUCUUCACCUGCGGCCUCAGCCAAACAGCCAAUCGGCACAUGCUGAGGGCGCUGGCCCAGGCAGGGGGCGGAUCUUUCGAAUUCUUCGACACGAAAACCAAACACAACUGGGCAGAAAAGGUGUCGGGUCAGGUGAAGCGCAUGUCGUCUCCCGGCUGCAGUUCAGUGUCAGUGAAGUGGCAGCAGUUCAACCCAACAGCGCCCCCUCCUGUCCAAGCCCCCAAACAGCUCCAUGCUCUGUUCAGUGACUGCCACACUCUGGUUUACGGCUUUGUGCCGCACUGCACUCAGGCCACCCUCCUUGGAAACCUAAGCGGUAAGGAGCUCAAAACCAUGGUGUCGACCAGUGAGCUACAGAAGACCAAGGGCACAUUUCUUCACAAGCUCACAGCGAGGGCUCUCAUCAGAGAUUACGAAGACGGAAGCCUGGACAGCAACGAAGCCGAACAUGAGGGGAAGAAAGCAGAGUUGAAGCGUUUCAUCAUUGAGUUAAGCAAAGACUACUCUAUCCUGUCUCAGUUCACCAGCUUUGUGGCCAUCGAGGAAAGGGACUCAGAAAAAACAGAGGAGGGCUUCACGGACAUCCCUAAGUUGAUCACAGAGGAAGAUGUAGACUUCCUCCCCUACAUCAGUUGGACUUCUUCUCAGGAUAGUGAACAGGAAGAGUCUUCGACGCAUUCUGACAAAUUUUGUACGAUCUUGGACUUGGAGGAGGACGACUAUGAAGAGUUGGCUGAGGUUCAGUUUUCAAAGGGAGAACGUGGUUCUUCUAGUGACGAGGAUAUGGGUAUGGAUCUGUUUUCAUACCCAUCAAGUGAUCUUGUUCCGAUGGAUGAGGAAGAGAAAGAUGACAUGGAUGUGGAUCUAAUGAGUAUGGAUUGGUCUAAAGCAACUAAAUGCAGUGCUCCAGUUAUGAUGGACACAGAAGACGAGUUGGUUAGGAGUUUAAAGGAAGAACUUCAAGCUACUACUGGUUUUCAGAUGUACGGGGGACAAGACCCUGUGGCUGAGGCUGCACUGGGAGAUCUUCUAGAUCUUCGGAUGAACGCCACAGUGAGCCUGGACGAGUCUGAGAAGGACUUCCAAAGCCCACUUGUUGGCUCUCGACCAUAUUUACCCACGAGUCAUUCCUUUUCUCAAAGAUCGACUCGACGUUGGAUGGUUGGGUCUGCUGGAGGGACAGAAGAAACUUUUAGGCCCACUGCAGGAAAGGAAGCGAACCGUUUUCUCCCUCAAGUCCUAAUAAGCCCUAUUGGCUCAGUCCAAUGCUGUGCUCCUCCUUCACCUCAUGGCCUAGGAUCUCCUCAACCUCCUCCUUCUCAAACUAGCUUAGGUCUUUUCUCCAGACAGAUGAAAAGUGUCCAAGAUAAAAUACCUGAUAUGGUCCAAGAUUUUGCAGCUCAGAAACUGCAACCUUUUGGUGCCAGUUACUCUCGGAUUCAACGCGAUCACCAAAUGGGCGCAGGACCCUUGUUUGGUCAAAGUGUUUCUUUUGGCUUAAGUUCUCUUCUUCCCUCUGGCCUGGCCCCUCAACAAGGCCUAAGUCCUCCACAACAGUUCACACAGUUAGCAGGUGUUUGUGGAAUGAAAGCUUCGGGCUUUCUGGAAAGUUCUUCUCUUCCUACUCCUCCUCCUCCUCCUCCUCCUCCUGGCCUGGUUCCUCCUCCACUUCCUCCUCCUGGCCUAGUUCCUCCUCCACCUCCUUCUCCUGGCCUAGGUCCUCCUCCACCUCCUCCUCCUUCCUUUUUUUGCAAGAAAAAAAGAGCUUGUUUUUCUCCUUCAGGCCUGCAGUCACAAGAUAACUACUUCACAAGAAGUACCAAGUUAUCAGUAAAAUUAGGACGUCCUCUUUCAAACAAAGCCAUCACAAUGGAUUUGCCUCAAUCCAUUUGUCAGAAAGAAACACAAUCCUCUCAAACAAUGCCUUAUUUAAGCCGAUCUAGUCACAUUCUGCCUCAAAGUUUUCCCAUUGAACAACAUCGUCCAACAGUAUUUGGUUCUUCACUUUCAGAAGCUUACAUGAAAACAGAACUGAUUAGUGUAUCAGACUUAAUGCAGAGAACAGGUUUUUCUUUUGGUGGAAUGAGUGCACAGGAGGAAGGUGUAGCUAGAAAAUGUUCCAGGUUCCAAGGCAGGAGGAAAGGAAGAGUUCAUCAACCCCUCCAGGGAAAGCCAGCAGAUCUGGAAGUGUUGAAGCUCAGAUGGACAAAGAUCUUCCAGAUACGGCAUUCAGAGGGCUACUGGGAGUUAACCACAGAACUGGGUGAACUCGUGAAUGUUGAUGUUGAUCAAUUUGCCAAUGUAUUCCUGAAAAACAAGGGCAUCCGAUCUCUAGGUGUGCGGGCCCAUGCAGACAUCUUGAGGCUGCUGGCGACUCUUCUGGUGCUGCAGCUGAUGAGGGAGGAGAAGCUGGAGAUCGCCAAACUGCUCCGCACCCUCUUCUGCCUGGAGGACUCCUCCCAGCCUAGGCCUGAGCGCUGGGAGGAGGUGAAGAGGGCGGUGGACUGGGUCUGCUGGGCUGACCGGCAGUACCCGUGUAUCUACAGCCGGCUGGAGUUUGGUGUGAGCUGGGAAUCCUCCACCCGGCAGUUGCUGGGCUUCGAAGACCUCCCUCCUUUCUCCCCUCUCAGUGGUCUGAAUCUGCGGAGGAACGUCGCCCCUCUGCUGGCCCACUGAGCGGCCCGACAUGACCGAGGGAGCAAAAUAGUGAGAGAGAAAUUGGUAUUGAGGGAAUGAGAUUAUCUGUUAGAAUCAUUUACAUUUUGGGGGCUUUUUUGCUUACGUAAAGUACUUUUACCUUUCAAAGCAACUACAAGAAUUGUUCAUUAUGUGUUGAUGUUGGCGCCCUCUGUGGACAAAAGUGGUCGUGUUUCCAUAAGCAUCACCACCUGUGUAGUAAACAUAGAUUGUAUAUAAAUAAUGAACAUAGUCACCAUGAUGUCAGCCGGUGGUUUGUGGGCCUUUUAAAGCAUCAAGUUCAGCGUUACGGCUGUCAACAUCUUUGUAUUUUGAAACCGGGAGAGACCAUAUUUGGACAGUGGAGGCACAAGGAUGGGUGUACAUAAAAAUUAACUUUAGAUGCAUUACAAACAUUACUUACGGUAAAAGUUGAACAGCCAACUCCAAGGAGUGUCUUUUACUACAACCGAACGCUGAAUUAGACAUUUUUACAGGAAGAACAUGUUAAAAUAAACUUUCAUUAAGUGAAAACACACGACAAACAGGUUCACGGGUAUUUAGAUGCACACAGUACCGUGGACUUACAUUGUUUUGCUUCACUUCUAUCGUAAUAACAGCUUGACAAUUGGACAAUUAUUUACACAUUAAAUUCAUAUUAUGUUGAAGACUUAUAAUGUUGCCACAAUAAUUUUUUCUGAGGUAAUUAAUAAUAAAGACGUCGUCUCAUUCUGUUUUGAGAUACCGGUAGAUAGGACUGGAGUGGUUUUGCAACAGACUUUGGUGCCCCCUGCUGGAUUUUUGAAGGAAUGCAGGCUGCAGGCACUAUCAGGUUUGCUUCACUGCUCAGACCCCGAGGUUGCCGCCUGGUAGUGAACAUUUUUGCAUUUGUUUCAGAUGCAAGUGAAAGAAAGGCGCACCUUAAUUUUAAAACUACUUUCCUUUUUAUACUAUUGUUCAUCAGAUGCAUUGCGAUGAGGUAAAGUAUCUUUUUGUGGAUACAUAGAGUUAACAAGUAUUAUAUGAAAAGGGUAAAAACAAAGUUAAAAAUAAUAAGGUAUAGUUUAUCUAUGAAGAAGAAGAAAAAAAGCAGCAUCCUCAACUUCCUAUUAAGAAAUAGUUACUUUGUCUGGCUUUUAUUUUGAAAAACGGCAUUGCUCUGGGUUCCUGUUAAGACAGAGUUACCUCAGGUUUUUAUUCCACCAAACUACUCAUUGCUUGGGGUACUCUCUCUGAGGAGUAGCACAACAACAAAUCAAGAAUAGCAAAUAAUCAGUAUGGCCAAUAAAAAGAAAAUAAUAAAUAGAAAACUACUGUCGAGAACAGUUCAGAAAAUGCUUCUUCUCUUUGCUGCCAUAACCACAAAAUAUAACUUUCUCUGAGGAAAUAUCUUCUCUUGCUUCAUGUUAACGUAACGUACGCCUCAAACUGCUCAUGUAAGUCAUAGAGCCGUCAGUAUUGAGUUUAGACUCAUGACUAGCUAAAAUCCUUGUACUCACUUUUAAUAAUCACAGUUGUCUCUCUGCACUAACCUGAUUUCUUAAACUUUGUGAAUUCAAGAAUCAUGGUUUCUUUAAUCAGGAGAAUCACUAAUGUCUAUAUAGUUUAAUGCUUAAUAGGAGGUUAUAUAGUGGAUUCUUUUUACAUAAAAGUUUGAAUGAGAUUGAUUGAAUUCUCUUUUACUUUGGAUUGAUAUAUGAAAAAAAGUGACAGCCAUCCACUGUAAAAAAAGAAAUGAAAAAUCUAGAAAUGUACUGUAUUACAUGAUUUUGUGUAAAUGCAAAUGCCAGAAUAAGUAAAUUACUUGUAUUACAAAUAUUAACCAUUGAAAUCUAAUAUAAUGGGACAUUUACAGUAUUAUUAAAUUGCUUGAAUGUAAACAUACAAAAAAUACACAUCAUAUUGCUGAAUGUAAAAUUAAAUUUAAAAAUAUAUAUAAAAAGAAAUCCUAAAAAACUAACAGUAAGAAGUCUGGCAGCAAAAGUUGCCAAACAUUUACCAUCAUAUUAACCUAAAAAAAAAAAAAGAAAACUUUUAUUUUACGGAUAUACAUUUUUAAAAUACAUGAAUUUACUGUAUUUUAUCUGUGUUUUAAAAGAAAGUAUUUGUGAAAUAGCUUACUUUUUCUGCCAGAUUUGUAGCUGUUUUUUUUUUUCAGGUUCACUAGCAAAAUAUAUCUAUACACCACUAAUCAUUUUAGCGCACAAUAAAUGCUGUUAAUGGCACUGCAAACUCGCACCAAAGUAUUUGUUCUAACGGCGAGGACAAAAAUAAUUACCUGGAAAACAUUGUGCAUACAUUUCAGGUAGAUUUGCUGACCGGAACAAAUGGCUGUUCAAGAUAAGAAAGCUGCUUUAUACCACUUCUCUUACUUUUUUUUUUUUAUGUCAGACAUCUGCCUGAAAAUUAUUUUGAUAUUGAUUUGCAUGUUCGUUUGCCGGCUUUAUCAAGUUCCACUUUUUUCUCGUUAAGGUGGUGGAUUAUAUUCUUCUUGUGUGUAAUCACAAUAAAAAAUCUUUGAAAAAUUG